AUGGCUGAACCUCCGGCCAAUGAGUCCUGGAUCUCUCGGGCGUGGACGCAGCUGAGCGAUGACUCCUCCCCGCUGUCCUUCUUACUGGGGAACAGCCUGGAUACGGCCUUCAAGUACGGCCUCGACACUUCCUUCGGCUUCAUCCAGACGGUGUGCGCCAUCGUGGGCGCAGUGACCGUCACCGGGGCGGCCAAGCGGGCACUGUAUCCGCAAGCACGGCCCGUGGAGCCCUUGUUCAACCGCCUGCGCACGGAGGGCGGGCCGGUACGCUGGAUGCAUCAGCGCAUCAGGUUCCGGACGGAUCCGUACAAGCCCCUGCGCAACAACAAGAUCGUCAUCCUUCAGGGCCCCACCCAGUCGGGGAAGACCACGCUGCUGCGCACCGCCAUCCCCUGGUACCGCCGCUGGACCGUGUGGCCCCUGUCCAUGGCCUGCUGGCGGGGCAUCUACUUGGCCGGCAGUGAGGCAUUUCGCACCGACACCUUCCAGCAGUGGGUGACUUUUCAGAUGUUCGGCAGCAUGGUGAAGGCCGGCUCCGAGAUCAAGCAUUGUGUUUGGGCAUACCGGCAGCAGCAGUGGCUUUGCAUCAUUUUGGAGAAGCUCCGGAUGCCGUCCGCCAUCUUCCUCCCAAAGCCGGUCUACAUCAUCGUCGAUCAGUUCGAAGAGCUGCUGCGGAGAUAUCCUGAUCACGCCAUGGCGUGGGCAGAUUCCAUAUGCCAUAAGCACGCGCGCAACAACUACGCGCGGAUUGUAUUUGUUGUGAACUCGGACUUUGGGGCGGAGUCGCUGCUGCAUUUGGCCACCCACGGCAUCAGCUUCGUGCGUGUGCAUCACACUGCCCCAACGGAAGCUGAAAGAUUGGGGACCCUUGAUCGCCACCUGCUGCAGCAAUGCCAGCAGAACAUUGGUCUUUACUGGACUGUCCGUUAUCGACUCCGGAUCGGGGAGCUGCUUCCAUGUGAGAUCGAUGACUUUGCCAAGCACACCUUGGCCCGAUGGAAGAGAGACUUCAGCGUGCCUUUCCCCGUGAUGCCGCACCCUUCCUGGUUCCGUUUGCCACUGGAUGAGGCGAAGCGCGAGCUCAUGAAGGGCUUGGCGGCUUUGCUGGUUGCUCCGUGGAGGACGCGGGAGUACAACUUCUUCAGGAUGGCAGGCAUCACAAGCACGGUGGCCCGGCAGUUGGAGCUGCUGGACUCCACGCAGCUCUUCGACACCUCGGCGGCCGACUACGCGAAGCUCUUGAGCAACGAGAACUCCAAGGAGGCGCUGCUGACUCAGCAGGAGGCGAAGGCGGUUGCCAAGCACUUGCGGCGGCUCUUCGGGAAUCCGGUGGGCACCUUCACCGCGGAAAAGCCCAAGCUGGCUGCUUGGCGCCGCAUGCUUUGCCGUUGGUCGGAUGCCGGCCUCGGGGCCGGUCACCUGAACAAGGGCCCCUGUAAAGGUUUGGUGCCCAAGGGAGGGGCUGGUGGCAAAAGCGGAGAAAAGCGAGUGGCAGCUUCCAAGUCGUAA